ACGCCCUCACCAUCGAGCUCGUCUGUCCCUUUGACCCCAGCUGCCCCCGAGCGUCGGCUCUGGCUUGGCAGCGAGCAGACCUUUGCGCUUCUUGGCCAGAUAGGACGCCUUUGCGCCGUGCUUGUCCUGCAAGACCAUCAGCCGUUCGAAGCAGUGACGCAAUUCCGCGCGUCGUCGUCUCGUUGCCAAUUCGAGCGAGCCUCGAGCUCUCAGCGCUUGCUGUCAGCCAAGCGUCAUGGCCUUCUAUACGCUCUCUGCCGUCGGUCUCGCAUUGCUGCUGGUGUUGGCCAUCUACUACUAUCGAGGCAGGCUCCUGCUCGCUCUCCCGCCAUCAUUGCAGAGCCGGCUGAAGCACUAUGCCCCCGUCAGCUCCUUCGAAUCCGCCCUCGAGCAAGGCUACACGUCUGCCGAGUUUGAUCUGAGCGGCAAUGUGGAUGGCUCUGAUCCGCGAGCGGGACUGGACGAAGCCGCGCUGGAGGAAGUCAGACGGAUCAUGGACGGCCGAGGCUGCACGUUCGAUCAAGCUCGCCUGAUAAGGCAUCAGCAGCAUCUACGCAAGAACGGCAUCGGUCCAGACGGUCGUCCACUCGACCCAAAAGCAAUCACCUCGCUUGCUUAAACGCGAGGCUAUACCUCUUCUCCCUCUGUCAGUUGUUGUUCGACCUUGUA